AUGUCGAAAUCCUGUGCAGUUAUUGUUGGUGAUAUAGGUGGUACUAAUGCAAGGUUACAGCUACUAUGGUAUAGUCGUAACCAACAGGUCUUAAUACCAUCCAUUGUCAAUGUAACUCGACAUACUUAUCGAACCAAUACAUUUACAGGUCUCAAUGCUAUAUUACAACGUUUUUUAGAUGAUACUGAAAAUGAACAACAAUUGGAGGAUGUCCUUAAUGCUGUAAAAACGAAGAAUAUUCGAAUAGUUUUAGCUGUAUGUGGUCCUAUUUGGAACAAUCGUCGAAGUAACGAUGCAAAUAAUGUACGUAUGGAACCUGGUGGUGUCGGUUGGCCUCAACAACAUGCAGAUACUAUUGAGAAUGAUCUUAAACUUAAUCCUAAUUCAUUGGUAUUUCUAAACGAUUUUGAAGCAAUUGGCUAUUGUCUUGCUGCACAAGUUGAUGAUGAGGCAAAUAAUCUAUGUAAAUUUACUAAAACUUUCUCAAUUCAUCAAGUUUCACUUGAACAGAAUCCUGAAACGAAUACACCCAUAGCUUGCCUUGGUGCAGGUACCGGUCUUGGUGCAUGUUUUCUUUCACCUGAUGGCUUAGGUCGAUAUAAAGUUUAUCCAUCAGAAGCAGGUAUGACCGAUACAUUUAGUCCACGAUCAGAAGAAGAAUGGUUUUUACUUAAAUAUUUACGCCAUAAUCAAUCAUUCAUCGAAGUCGAACAACUUGUAUCAGGUCCAGCAUUUGUAACAAUGUUAAAAUUCUAUUCAGAAUAUUUAAAUCAACCAUUAUCAUCAAAACUUAAUGAUGAACUUGAACAAGUUUCACAAGAUGAUGCUCCUGCCGUAAUUGCUCAACAUGCUCGUGAUCAUAAUGAUUCAUUGUGCCUUCGAGUCGUUGAUACUUUUCUGGAUAUUUUUGGUCGAGUAUUAGGAACGGCAGCACAAACAUUUUUACCCUAUCGCGGCUUAUACAUAACUGGUGGUAUUUUACCUAAACUUGCAUGGCGAUGGCAAAACAAUUCAGAAAACGUUUUACUGAAAUCUUAUUUAAAUCAAGGAGCAAAAAUGAGUGAAAUUGUUGCUCAUGUUCCACUUAUGCUAAUUAACGAUGACGAUCUUGGCUUGAAAGGAUGUCUUUACUAUAUGACUAGUCAUGAUGAUCAAUUUCCAUCAAUAUAA